AUGGGGCCGCACACCAUCAUUUUACUCUGUGCUGUUGUGGCAGGAGCUUCAUGGAGACACAGUGCAUCAUACUUCCCCAGAAGAGCUAGAUACAGCUACAGGUACUCAGCAGUCACCAACACCUUUCUGCAGGGAAGUAUUAACAAAAGCAGCGGCAUCGCUCUGGAGAGCACAGUGGUCAUUGAGGUAUUGGGGAGUUGCCAGAUGGUUUUGAAAGUGCAAGAUGUACAGAUUAAGAAAAGUCUUAUAUCCAGCAAGGACCCUCUGAAGGAAAUGGACAGGCUAAGGGAAAUACUAGAACAGCAUCCUCUUCAUUUUUCUUUCCAUCAUGGGAAAGUUCUGAAGCUCUGUCCUGUGAGGAGUGAACAGACCUGGGCACUGAACAUAAAGCGAGGCAUUCUCAGUGUCCUGCAGACAUCAGAAGCACCCACUGCUAGUGGAGUCGUUGAAGAGGUGGAUGUUCUGGGAAUAUGCCCAACCAGGUACCAGCAAGAAGGUCCUGUUCUUGUUAAGACAAAGGACUUAAAUCUCUGCUCUCACCGCUAUUCGGGUUUCACUUCUGUGCAGUCUGUUGUUCUUCCACAUGUGUCAUCUGAGCAGCAGAUCCUGUCCUCCAGACUGGAAUGUGUUCAGAGUGUUAAGGAUGGAAUCCUGGAGGAAGCCAAAUGUGCUGAGUCCAACCUUGUUACGUUGUUUGCUCGGAAGGGCAGUGGGGCGCAGACGCAGACAAAGUCCUCCCUGAAACUCUUUCAGGUGGAUACAGAGACGCUGUACAAAAAAGUGGACUCCGAGGAUCUGUAUGUGACCAGCAUGCUGUAUGAAAGAAAAGAAACUGAGAGGGAAGUGACUGAACGGGAAGUGACUGAACUAGUGUGGAAGCUUUGCUUGGCACAUAGUGCGAGUUUUGAGGCUGCAGACCUUUUCAUGACUCUUGUGUUCGAGCUUAGACAUCUUUCCCUGGAGGCCUUAAAAGCACUAUGGCAAAGAUCUUCAUUUAAAUGCAGAGACAACUGGCAGCCGCUCAUAGAUGCUCUCCUCUCUUGCACUACAGAGGCAUGUAUUGUCCUAAUAAAAGAAAUGAUAGCUUCUGGAGAAGUAGAGGAAGACAAAGCAGAAUAUUUCUUCUGGUCACUUUCAUUCAUUCCUAAACCCACCUCAGGGAUGAUUGAAUCUCUUGCUCCUUUGCUGAAGUCACCAGGAGCAAGCCAGAGCUGCUUCUUAGGAAUAACUGCUCUGUUACACAGGUUUUGUUCAGCUUACAGCUCCUGUGAUGAUGUGCCUGCUGUGCAGAGUGUGAUGAGAACUCUUAAGAAGUUUUUGAGAGGAAACUGUGCUGUGCAAGAUUCAGAAGGACACAGUAAGAUGCAGCUGGUGUUAAAAGCCAUUGGAAAUGCAGGACUGGCAGCACCUUCGCUAGCUCCUGUUCUGAGCUCGUGUGCUUCCCUGAAGAGUAAUCCAGUUGGAAUUCGUUUAGCUGCUAUCCAGGCCUUCAGGCGUAUUCCCUGUUCUGUUAGGAAUGAUACAUUAGUUCAACUGUACCAGGCAGCCAAUGAAGAUGUGGAAAUAAGGAUUGCAGCUUAUUAUAUAGCAAUGAAAUGUCCCCAUGAAGAAUUAUUUAAACAAGUACAAAGGACUUUGCUAAAUGAAACAUCCAGUCAAGUGGGCUCCUUUGUUUGGAGUCAUCUCUCUCAGCUCCUGGAGACAGAUGAUCCAUUGAAGGAGCACCUUCGAGAUUCUAUUCCUGAUGAAAUCCUUAGCAGAGAUUUUGAACGAGAGACAUGGAAAUACUCCUCAUAUUCUGAUGUCACAUUCCACUCAGCUGGUUCAGGUGCAAAUGUGGAAGCAUCUGUGGUCUUUUCUCCUGCAUCUUUUCUACCACGAUCAGUCAUGACAAAUUUGACUGUUCAUGUUAUGGGGCAAGCUAUAAAUCUGCUUGAGGUUGGUGCAAGAUUAGAGAAUGCUGAAGCUCUUGUGCAGAAGAUUUUUGGGCAGAACUCUGCUACUUUCAGUGACUUUUUUUUUGCAAACACUAAUGGAAGAAACAAGUCAGAAAACCCUGUGGAAACAACAGGAAAGGUCAAGCAGAGGAGGCUGACUUCAAAGCGAUACAACCCUGCUGAUCAUCUUGUGACCAAGUCUGGAAAGCCGAAGUUGAGACAUGCUAAUCAGAAUUGUCCUGGUAGAAAGUACAGUAAGAUGAGUGAGUUAGUCAAAAAGUUCACUGAGAGAACGGUGGGAAAGGAGGCAGUAAAAUGUGAGCUAAGUGUGAAGAUCUUUGGAAAUGAACUUAGCUUCUUAGAUUGUGAAGAUUUAAGAAAACAAAUGAAAUAUUAUUCUUUAAAUCUGGCUGAGUUGGCUGUUAGACUUCUGAAGGGGCAAGAGGUGCAGUUUAAUAAAAGGCUGAGUUUGGCCACUGAAGAAUUGCAGUUUCCAUCCAUUUCAGGCUUUCCUGUUCAGCUGGCAGUCAAUGCCUCAGCAGCAAUCAACAUAAAAAUCAAAGGGAAUGCAGAUUUCAAACAACGGUCAAAUUUCUUUCUAAAUGGAUAUAUCAAACCAAGUGCCUUUGUACAGCUUUCUGCCCAAAUGGGAACUGUGGGGACUCUGGGACAAGCUGGCUUAAGAUGGAUAACAGGAAUAAGAACAUCCAGCAGUCUUGAUGGGGGAAUCCAAGUUAAAAAGGGGCAAGAGCUCAAAGUUUUCUUGAACACUCCAGAAGAAUCCAUGGAGAUAAUUAAUUUCAGCUCUAAACUCUACUUCACAGUGGUGGAUGAGACAGAAGAGAGAGAUGUUUUCCAGGAUCACACAGAAACCAGAUCUUGCACUGGGAAAGAAGUGUCUGAGGUUAUUGGCUGGCAGCUGUGUUCCGAAAUGUCAUAUCCUGACCCUGCCAGUGGUUUGGUUUUCCCUCUCGCAGGACCUUUGAAGAUGGCUGUCACAUUAACUAAACAAGACAAAGGCCUGCAGCAGUACCUUGUGGAAGCUGCAUAUAACUAUAUUCCUCAGGAAAGUUCAUGGAUCCCAAAUGAAGCCGUCCUUCACUUCUUCAUUGGGACUCCAAAGUCAGAUUUAAAAAGGGAUGUUGGUGUGGACCUAAAUUUUAGUAUCCCACAGAAGAAAUUCAGAGUCCAAUUUAUACAACCUAAGAAAAAAAUCGAGAUUGAUGGGAAAAUUGAGUUUUCUAAAAAUACACAACUUGGACACCUGGAACUGAUAGUAGAUGAUGAAGAUGUGUAUUACAUUAAGGGAAUGACGAAUUUACAGAUGCUGAGUGGAGAGCAGAGAUACAUGACCCAACUGGAGUUAAAACUGAUAAAGCAAAGCAGUCCUAUCAUUCUGUCAGGAAACAUCACUAAACAACUUGGCAAGAAGAUAGCUUUUUCAGUAUCCCUGAAUAAUUUAUUGAAGGAUGCUGCAUUUCUUUCAGCAUUUCUGGAGAAAAAGGUUGAUGAUAAGCUGAGACAAUACUCACUGAAAGGGGAGACUUACCUUCCAGGUGUUCUUGGACUUCAUGUCAUUGGUCUUCUACAGCAGCAUGAGGGCUUGUGGUCUCACAGUUCGACGAUAAAGUAUGGACUCCUAGGAGAGGCAAAAAACCUUCAUCAUGAAUGUGGUAUGCUGCAAAAGAUGAUAAAGGAGACAGAUGCACAUGGUGUAUACAAACUUGAUAUUGGCCAUGAAUUUCACUGUAUGCAGACUCCAAACUAUAAUCACAAGGUUCACCUGAAACAUGAAGCAAGUGCAUCUUGGCUUUCCUCCCAGAUGGAAGUGAACUAUGGGAAACACUGGAAUGAAAUAAACAACAAGAAGAAACUGUUGAUCAGCCAAGCAUUUAAGAACAGUUCCAGUUCAUCUCUAGUCAACUAUUUCAUGGAGUUUACCGUGCAAGCUCUGGAAAGGCAAGUCACUUACAGGACCCAGCUGCAGCACUCGCACAACUUUCAAGUUUAUUCACAGAGCAGCACCAGAUUUGAGGUGCAGUAUAAUGACCAUGUGCCGUUUGUGGCUGGGCUGCAGUGGAAAGAUGCAUCCAGAAAUGGCCUGAAGAACUGGGAAGGUUACUUAAAUAUAGACACUCCGUGGCUGUAUCUGUAUGCAACUCACAACCUACAGCAGCCUCAGCAUUCUGCUUAUUUACUGACUAUGGAAGUGACAACAGGAAAAGCUCUCUCCAUUAAGAAUCUUGUAGUGGAACUGUUCUAUAGAGAUCAAGGCAAUGAGAAGGAAGGGAAAGUUCAUAUUUACACACCAGCUACCAAGUACUUGCAGGCAUCCACAUUUAAUCAUCUUGGGAGGAGUGUUUUGCACAGCUAUAGUGAAAUGGUAUCUCUGUGGAAUCAGCUUGUGAAGAGUGAGAUUCAUCUGGAGAAUAAUGAACGAGACAAAUUUCUCUGCUUUAAGAUAAAGAGCUCAAAACAGGAAUUUAACUUCACAGCCAGCUAUCAAAAUCUGUCAACGCCUAGGAAGACAAACUUUUCUGUGAAGACAGUAUGGAGAGAGUAUAAAAGUCUGCCUGUCGUGCUGCAAUUUGAAGGUCAGAUAGAAGAGCUGAGGAAGGAGAAGAUGCUUUAUCAAAAACGUGGAACCCUCCAUUUUAGGCAUCCUUUUAAAGUGCCCAUACUGCAGAGCUUCCUUCUUCAGGAGACAUUUACUGUUGACAAAAAGCAAAAAUACUAUUUCUUGGAAACAAAAGUUUUGAUAAAUGGGGUGGAUGAAACAGUUCAAACUCUGACACUUGGUUACCAACCUGAAAACCCCUAUAUUUGUGCUGACUUGACUCAUCCUUAUAACUACAGAUUGUUUCCCAAAGAUGUUGAGAUAUGCAUUUUAACUCAAAGUCACCAAAAUCUUGAGCUGCCACAAGCAAUGGGCCUAAGCGGAGAGCUGUUUUCCAAGCAGACUAAACUGGAACGCUUUGACUAUGGUGUGAGUGUAAAAACCGUCAUCAACGGGAAUCUAUCCUCACAGGCCCAGGCAGCUCUAAAGAGUUACAGUGAAAACAGUUUCAAUGGCUCUCUUUACAUUCGUUCCCAUGGAAGGGAGAUGCUGCUGCUGGAGGUUGAUAUGAGCAGUGAAAAAAGGAAGAAGGCCAGAGCUGUUGACUUGAGGGCUUUCAUCCAUCAGACAAUUCUGACAAACCUAGUAGAAUCAAUACAGUUUGAGCUCAUGGGCAAAAUACUUCCAUCAAGACUUUUGAUGUCUUCUGAGAUGAAACUUAAUGAAAAUAGGCUUCAUGUGGAUUUCAUGGGAGCCAGGGAACAGAAAGUUGGUUUUGUUUUGUCCCUGAAUGGAAGAGUACAACACACAUUUGAGGGAUUAAAAGCCAUACCUCAUCUUCUUUCUCUGAAUGGAUUACUGAAGUGCAAAGCCAACAGUCAUGAUGGUAACAUCAAUGUGGUGGUCAACAAAACAGUGUAUGGACUCCAUCUGAGGAACAGAAAUGUGUUUGGGAAUACCACCAUACACAAUAUCACUUUUGCUGUGUUUCAGAAUGGGAGUCAAGCAAUCCCAAUGGAGGCCAAAAUCAAAGGACACCUUGAGCUGAGUAAAGAGAUAAAAAGGCUACUAGCUAGCAUCCAGGUGGAUGAAAAAGCCCUCUCUCUAGAUUUUUCCAAUAUCAUGAGUCAUGGGCACAGCAGAGUCAGUGGGACUUUCACACAUAAUAGCAGCUUUUUACAAAAUGCAGGAUUGCCCUUGGAUGGCUUUCUUACUGCCAUGUGUGACCACGACAUAAGGAAUCACACCAUUACAAUAGCCCUACAGAGUGGCAGUGAAAGCAUUACUGCUGUGUUUGGAAGUCACAGACUGUCCACAGAGCCUCCUAAAUCCCAACUGUGCGUGAGUUUAAAGCACAACAUCUCAAAGAUAAAGGAACAUGGUAUCCCUUUUAUUGUGGAAGCUGCUGGCUAUUAUGAGAAUUUCACCCAAAAAAUUGCUGCAGGGAUUACAGCCACGGUGGAGAUGGAACAGCUCAAAUUUGAAAUAGAGAAGAAAACCACUGGCAGUACUAUGGAAAUUUCUCUUUCACUUCACCAUGACAUGGGAGGACUGUUUGACACUGUUCCUUAUGUACUAGAGGUUGCUUGCAGUGGAGAAUUGGCUAACAAGCAACUUUCUGGCCUUUGUGAUGGAGUAAUUACAUUUCAUCAUUUUGAGUCUCUGGGAAUUGCCAGAGAGAACCAAGUGAAGGUGUCAGCCAUAAGAAGUGACAAGUAUAAGGGCAUGCUUGCUGUUGUCCUUGGGCUUUGCAGUUUGAAAGUUGAUGGAGAAGUGAGCCUGGCAAGUAAUGAAACAGAUACAAAAUGGGCACUUACCUUUAGAAACAAGUGUGACACUCUACAGGGUCUCAGUAUUCCAACUCAGUCACGGCUCACAGGAUCUGUUCAGAAAGACAAGUGCCAAGCAGAACUUCUCUGUCUCCUCGAAACGGAAGGCAAGACUGCCCAUCUUGAAGUGACAGCAGAGUGCAAGCCAAAAAUUACACUGGAAAUUCAGUUCAGGCAUAAUCUUCCUCAACUGAAGACAAUCCCAAGAGACAAUAAGUUGUCUAUCACUGCACAAAAACAACUAAAAUACCAUAUUGGAAUAGGAGUGAAAUUGGAUGCUUGUGACCUUCAAAUGAAUGGGGACUUCUACCCUGAAAAUAAGCUUCAGUGGAAAAUGUUUAUAGAAAACAAAUGCCAAACAAUUCAGGAUCUUGGAGCACCACUAAAAGUUGAUGGUUCAGGCUAUGUUUUGAUGGAUGGAGUGAAACUAGAUUCACAGACAUUGAUCACUAUUGAUGAAAGUAAAUUACAAGGACUCCUUAUACUAAAAGUCACUGAUGAGAGACAAGAGCUGGAUGUGGUGUUCACCCAUAACAUUCAAGGAUUUGCAGACAUCGGCAUUCCUGCAAGAACGUUAGUUGAUGUGGUAUCAGAAAAGAACAGCCACUUCUAUAAAAGACUGAUUCAUUUCUGUGUGAACAGCAAGCAAAUUACAGAAGAACUCAGCUUUGUCCAGAAUUUGGAUGUUGUGUCUCUUAACUACAAACUUACUCAUAACAUAGAGGCACUGAAGACAUUGCAAAUCAAAGACAGGAUUGAGUUGCAGACUGCCUUGAACCUGAAAGUGAUCAAGAGCUUUAGUAUGAAAGUGUAUUAUGGUGCUCACCCAACAAUUCUUGAAGGACAAAUGCAGGAGUUUGAAACAAGUACCAACAUAACUGGGAAUUUCCAUCAUAAUUGGCCAUGGCUGCUGCAGGCCAGAGUCCCAUCAUCUUUACAGAUAGAUGUGUUUUUUCAAGGAAGGAAUACUACUCGAAAAAGAUACGUGCACAUUGCAGCUGGAGAGACAUCAAUCACAUACAUAAUCAACUCCUAUUAUGUUGGUCACCAAGUGGAUAUCUUUUGCCAAAGUGUACACAGUAGUGAGGCACUACAGGCAUCUGGCUACCCCAAAGCAAUCAACUUGAUGUUCAGUUUACAGAAAUCAGAUAACAAAACCAAGACUAUCUGUGAAAUCCAGUAUGACAACAAAGACAUAGUUGUGACUAUGGAUGUUGACACCAGCUUUCAUCUAUAUGGUAUGUUUUUCAUGGCAGAGGUGAAGCAUUCAGUAUCACUUCUCCAUCACCUGGGACUUCCCUUCUUUUUCAAGGUAACAGUUAAAGAAGUCCUAACAGAUAAUGAAACUGAAGGAGCUCUGCGGCUGAGCUAUGACCAAAACACAAACUUCUCCUUUACCAUCAGUAGGAAAAAAGACCAGCAAGGUGAAGAGUUGAAUAUAAAAGCAUUCCAGAGCCAUCCCUGUUUUCUGCAGUACUUCCCCAGUGCAGCAGAAAUGUCUUCUAAGGUAAAUUAUGAUAUGAGCGACGCAGAAGGCAAACUCUACCUCAGGAUGGAAAAAAGUGAUUUCAGUGUCACAGCAAAGCUAACUUUCAGUGGAACCAGCUACACUAAUGUCAUUGAAAUAAUACAGACCAUGUCCCAGUUAGAAAUUCUGCCAGGGCAGCUCAUUUUUAUGACAGUUUACCAAAAAGGCAACAGAACACGUAUGGUGAAGCACAUCACUCUGUGGGAUGGCAAAGAGGUAAAGGUAACAGGCUCUUACACUGGACACUUCCCAAAGUUGCCUGGAGGUCAUGACAUUCAAGUGGAACUUUUCCAUCCUCUUUCCAUCCCUUUCCCAUGGCAUGCCAGGGUCAACUUAUAUGUGAAACACUCAUCACGUAGUCACCGGGACGAUCUUACUGUUACAUGGAAUGAGAAAGACCAGAUAUCAGUGUCGUCUUCUCUGAAGUUUGGAAGAGACCGUAUGAACUACAGAGCCACUGUUGCCCACCCAUUUAAUUACACUUUGAAGCAACUGGAGUUCCAUUCCCUGUCAGAAAGAAGAGGCAAAAAAUACAACCAGCAGACGAUUACUAAUAUAUAUGUUUGGGUUUUUUUUCCCCUUUUCCAGCUUCAGAGAGUAUUAGGUAUGGAACAGCUGCAUGCAUGUGGGUCUCUAGAGCAAAGAUCAGCAUUGUUUAACGAAUAUCUAGAUCUAAACUGGGAUAAUAAAAAAUUCAAACACAAUUUAACAUAUGAGAUAAAUCGAUUCUUGUAUCCUGUUAAGUUGCAGUUAGAAGCUAUUCUGGAAAACAUUUUCUUCUCCUCAUGCACCAAACAGAAGAUUCUGGGUAAAAUAGAAACAAACUACUCAUCUUGGCUGGACUAUUACAUGGGCUUUGAGUUCUGUGACCUUCCAAAUGUAAUUGUUUUCUCUGGAAAACACCAGCUCAACAAAGAUGACAUCAUUUUGCAAUCAGAGGGCAGAUUCCACCUUGCUGAUCAUGGGAGAGAUGAGGGGUUAAUUGGAAUAUCCUUAAGAAAUCAGAGCACUGCUGAUGUGAAGAACUAUACUCUGGAAAUUGAAUUGAAAGCUUUUGAAGAUAUUUGGCUAGGCCUGACAGGAACUGCUAGUUCCACAUCUGUUCAGAGCCAAAUCCUGCUGGAGGGGUUUAUUGAUCAGAAGGACAAAGUAAAAGUAGCUGCUUCUACAGGAAAGGAGUGUGUUCAGUACUACAUAGGGUACUUGAAAGGGGAUUUGGAAGAAGGAAUGGAAGUCAGUGCUUGUACUGAUGGGCAACAGAUGGCUGCUGUUAACACCUAUCUCAACAUUAACGGUGAAAGGCAAGAAAACAUGGCACAAAUGACUCUAGCAGCUGCUAAUGGAAGCUUGAAUUUUCUAGCUCAUGGAUGUGGGGAUCCAGUUCUUAAGGCUGAGCACAAACUUAAUGAAAUUGGGAGCCUUCUGAAAGCCAAACUGAUGGAGAAGAUUAAGAAGUUUGAGGGAUAUAUGUGGAGAUUCAGGAGAUCAGUACAGCAAAUUGAUUUUCUGUCUGAAGCAGCUGACUGGCCUUCAGUAGCCUUGCAGAAGGUAGCAGGAUUCCUCCACAGUGUGGGUAGAGCUGUUGCCCAGGUGUGGAAGCAGAGUGGAAUCAGGCAGAUACUGAGAAGCAAGCUCCCGGUUUACCUGGAUAAAAUUCAAGAUGUUGUCCAGCAAAUGCAGAACGAAUUGCAAAAGCCAUUAGCAACUUUGAAGGAUGCUUACUAUGAUGUAACCUUAAAGCCACUGGAUGAAGUUUGGCAAGAGAAGACAGAAGAGUACAUGAAGAAAAUCCAGGCUUUUUUACCCAAGAUUGUAAAAGAUGUGUGGCUAAUGGAACCAAUCCAGGUGGCGUUAAAAGCUGUGAAAGCAGGCGUGGAUGUGACUACACAGCAGAUGCUCAGGUGGGCAGAGGCCAUGUUUUCUAGAGCUGUAAGCAAGAUCCGGAAGCCCUUACUCAAUCUUUACAAUUUUUCAUCCAGGAACUGUUCAGUGGCAGUAAAAUUGCCAGUGCUACCUAAAGCAGCCUGCUCCCUGGAUCUGGCAAAGAUGACUAAUUAUCUCAUUGAAGAAAGGCUAAUCAGGCCUCUCCAAGACCUCUACAGAAUCAACAUCAUUGCAGAAUAUUACAGAUUCAAACGGAGGAUGAUGGAGAGCCCCUUUGAGUAUCAUGCGAUGUUAAUGGGAACCAAGCAUCUUAUGACUUUUGAUGGGAAAAUUUAUGACUUGCCAUCAAAGUGCAGUGUGCUUCUUGCCAAGGAUUUUGUUCACAAUACUUUCACUGUAAUACUAAAUGAAGAAACUAGUAACUCAAGGUCACUCUAUGUGGAGAUGAACCAGACCGUGAUCAGUAUCUACCCAAGACUGAAGGUAGGAAGGGAAAAUCAAACAUUAUUCCUUGCCAGGGCAGAAAUUACCUUCAACCCAAAACAAAAGAACCAACCCCAAAAGUCUUCAAAAUGCGAGUCCUCAAAAUAUAGCUCUGAACACCUCUCAGAUAUAAGUGCCAGAAUAAAACAGAUAUCCAAGAUGUACAACUUUACAGAAGAGAACUGUCAACUACUGGAUCAAUCCCUUGAAAAGAAUACCACUAAUUCAAGGAGAGCAGCCAGUAAAAUAGAAGUGUCUAACCAGAAAGGAGUUUCUGUCUCUUGUGACUUCCAGUAUGAUCUCUGUACUGUCACUCUGGCUGGCUGGCACCAUGGUAUUUCAGCUGGGCUGCUUGGUACCAAUGACAAUGAAGCUGGAAAUGAAUGGAUGCUCCCUAACCAUUCCUUCACUGACAGUGUGCAAGAGUUCACACAGAGCUGGCAGGUAACAGCUGAAAGGCUUCUCUCUGUGCAGAUUACCACUGGUGCUGGAACACAAAAGGCAAUUCUGUUUUCCCAGGUGAACGAGUGCAGCCUUGUACAGAGGAAAGUGAAGCUGUGCCCACUUACAGCUAAGCAGAAACUCUGUAAAAUGUUUUUUGAAGACUCUCAUUCACCUCUCAGGAACUGCUUCAAAGUUGUGGACCCUGAACCAUUCUACAGCAUGUGCACACAUGACACCUGUCAGUCACGGGAGCUGAAGGCUGCCUGCAGUUUAGCUGCAGCUUUUGUUCAUUUGUGCAACCGAAAUUUUGUUCCUGUGGAAAUUCCUCCUCAGUGCUUGAGUCAGUUCUGAAUGGCAGAUACCAGCCCUGAAGAUGGAAGAGCUUUUUCAGCACCCAAAAUAAAACAGCUAUUUUAAAGUCAACAAGCUAGAAGCAAUAUUAGAGAGAACAGUAACAG